CGAAAACCUUUCUUUUCCUAUUGGGCUUUGUGCCACUUCGGAAAGUGAAACGAAGGAAAAGCCUGACCUGCCCUUAUUGUUAGGUCAUCCUAUUUCGGUGCAUGGUCAGGUUCUUAAGGUAUGUGCCAGAACAGCCGUGGAUCUACCUUUUUCAGGAAUUAAAGGAUCAUUGGUGAAAUAGCGUAUAGGUCGGUCUGGGUGGGAUGAUACGAAAUAGAGUAGUUGCCAAUUGGCAUGCGAAAUCGAGAAGGAACUUCCUUAUUCACUCAAAUUCCUGUGUGAAAGAGCCAAAAUGAUUUAGCGGUUUAGUGUAGAGAGAGAGAGGGUGAACGAACAAUUUCAGAUGCAGCGCCUUUAACGUAGUUCUGUAUAUUGAUAAGGAUAGGAACCUACCUAAUAAGAGGAUGCCCCAUUUUCACCAAACCUAUACCUCUAAAUGGGGUUUUAACCUAGUAGCGAUGUGAGGGCGCAGAUAGAGAGUUUUUUGGUAGGAGACUACUUAGUUUGGUAGGAAAGAGGCCUUAGACCAGGCUUUUUUAGGACGGGCAAGGGCCACGAGAGAGGUUUUCCUAUUAUCGCUAGAAUCAAUCGAUAAUAGAAUGAAUAAGAAAGAGGGUGAUCUCAUUGUUUGCAUCUGAAAAGCGGUAUAGUUAGACCCUUCCUUGCAGCAUCCGUCAGAUACAGCAAGCAACAGCUAAUGUAAUGAUUGAUAUAUAUAUGUAUGCAGGCUAGCCCUUUUCUUUCGUAUCGAGAAAGCCGCUGAUGAAUGAAAAGAAAGCGGAGCUGCUAUUGACGUCUUUGAUUGGAUGUAGACAGAUAUAGAUAGAAAGUCUGCAGUGAGAGGUAUAAAUCACUGGUAGCCAGCCAGCCAGCCAGUCUUUACUGAACUCGGCCCAAGCACCACUCCCAUGCCUUUCUUGUUCCACUAGCUAUUAUCAAAUUCUCUUCUCUCUCUUUCGUUAUUACAACCUUUUUGAUGUCGAAGACCAGAGGAAACAUCAUUUUUUUCAUUCUUUUUUUCUUGAGUUCGUGUACAACAACCUUAACCGCACAAGCCUGGGCUGGGCCUACCUCCAUUCCUAGAGGAGCCGUAUGAGGCGGAAGCUCCUCGUACGGUUUUGAAGCCGAGCCUUUCCAGCAAUGGGGCCUAGGGACUAAUAUGAUGAUUGGUUUAGGUAGGGCGGCCGGCCUACUACAGACACCUGUAGGGAUUAGUGCGUGAGACCGCGAUCCACAAACUGACGCAUGGGACUCACCCUUGACUUGGGAAUGAAGAGGGGAAAGAUAGCAUGUCACAAGAGCGAGGCGAGGUUUGGAACCCUACUAUGGGAGGGACGCCUCACGAGCGGGGCUGAUAGAGAUGAGGCCUUUUGGCGAAGCCAAGUCAAUUUCGGGCCACCAAACCCUGCAAUGAUCAGGCCCUAUGGAGUAAAGGAAAGCGUGUACGUUGUCACACUCCCUGCCUUCCAAAGGUGCCUAGAGGACGGGCAAGACGCAGCGACGAUCCGGGAGCAGAUUCCCCACUGGGGGAUAGGAGACGGCCAUCUCAAGGCACAGCACGACCUACAGGCAAGACCGACGAGACCUGGGAAGGCAACCCGAUUGGGAGUCAGAGGAUCCAUAGUACCUGCAGCCCCACGGACUGAAUAUUCAUCAUUUUAGAAAGCGGGGGGAAGGGAUCUCUUUUCUGCAACGGAAAAAAACAGAGCUGAUUUGACUCCGCAUAACCUAACGAUGCAUCCAAUACCAAUGAUCUGUGCCUAGAAUGCGUUGCUAGAUCUCGGCUUUAUCAAUCAAGCUAUACAGGCAACAACAAAGGCGAACCUGGGGCUUCCCUUUCAUUACUUCUUUCACGACGAGGGAACCACGGCCGCAUCAGUCGAAGUGGUGGAACGCCCUCCUGAGUCAAAGAGAGAGCUUCGGGACCUCUCUCCAAGAGAUAGAUAGGAUUCGGUAUCAUAAUCGGCUAGAGUUCAGAGGCAGCUACUCUCCUAGCCCAGCCCACGGGGAAGCCUCUUCUUUCUGGUCUACAUCAAGUGCAUUGAAUGCCUCACAAUCUGAAUCAAAGAGGAUGGGUCAAGGAGAAGUUCGGGAUGAAACCAGAGUGGAUGGCAAAGCGGCGCCUCCGGGGGCGGCUUGUGUUGUGAUGUCAUUUCGGAUUCCUGACCUAUUUCGACACUAGUUCAAUGGGGUUAAUCACCCAGAUCUUGAAUCAACUAGUAGAUCAUCAAAUCAUCACUGGGACCCAAUGCAUGCAUUCUCCAGAUGAGUUGGGAGCUGGGGCAGCCCGCGCGCGACCCAUACCAAUCCUACACUCCUUAUCUUUCUCCUAUUCUUUCUUUGUCACUUCUUGGAAAUCACGAAGAGUAUUCCCGGACUGGACUGAGAGGGGAGCAGCCGUCGGUAUUGGAAAUCAGUCUCAUUCAACCAACUAUCUUUUUGAAGCAGAUAGUUCACAGUGCUCAUUCUAUAGAUACUGUGUAAAAAAGCCAACUCAUGUUUUCACUCGAUUUUCAUUACGAAGAUGUAUCACGUCAGGAUUUGUUGCUCAAACUAAAUCACGCCAACGUUAUGGAAGUUCCUGGAUCGUGUGAAAUAAGAGUCGUACCAAAGGCACCCUAUGAUUUCAUAAUCAAAAAUGGAAAAUUAGCUAUGGAGAUUCCGCGCGGUCAGAAAUUGAUACAGACACAAAGGGGUUCGACAGGAAAGUCCUUUCGAUCCAAUCCAUUCUUGGAGUCAAAUAAAGACAAAGGAUAUGUUAGUGACCUAGCACGACAAAGCACUCUCCGAGGGCAUGGAAUGUCAAAUUUUUCAGUCAGAAUCGCCACAGUAAUGUCUCUCUUAGAUUCUCCGGUAGAAAUACGGGAAAACUCCAUGCAGUUCUCGAUGGAAAUAGAGUUUUGCUCAUUCUCCCCGGAACUAGAAGAUCAUUUCGAGAUCUUCGAACAUAUUAUAGGGUUCAAUGUGACUAUUGUCACUUCGGCCAACACACAAGAUGAGACUUUACUACCGUGGAGCGGCUUUUUGCAAAAAGAUGAGGGGGAAACUCAGUAAGAGGAGAAGCUAAAUAUACACGAGAUCA